UGUUGCCAAACAAAACGUCAAUCAAAAAAGUUCAACAACGACUAAUGAAAACAAUAGGCCACAGAUCUCUAAUUUUAUUUGUUUUUACGAGGAAUUCAUGCAAUGCUGGAUGAAGUUAAAUGUGAAAUGCCGAAUGCACCAAAAGCCAGACAAAUAAGCGUUACUAAUCGUCGUGAUAAAAUAUCAACUGGCAAGAAAAGCGCUUUUGCUCAAUAUAGACCAACAAUUUUGACAAACUUGCAGCGCGGAAAUACUGAAGCAACAUUUUGUGAAAGAGAUGUGACAUUAAGUUUCCAUGAGCGCUGUGCUCAAGGAGAAAUUACUGAAGAGGAAAUAAAAGAACAGACUUACAUAGAUUUUCUAGAUUCAAACAAUUUAACGGCUUUACAUUGGGCUUGUGGGUAUGGGCAACUAGAUUCCGUUCAAAUGUUAAUUAAAGCUGGAGCAAAUGUUAAUAUAGAAGCUCCAGAUAUGAUCACCCCACUACUAUAUGCUGCUGGAGGGGGCCAUCAUGAGAUUGUACGCUUUUUACUUUCGAAGGGAGCAGAUAUUGAUCAUAUGGACAUAAUAGGUAAUACUGCAUUAAUGUAUGCAGUUGCCGGAAAUCAUCCACACACAACAAAUGAAAUUCUAGCAUAUUAUCCAAAACUAUGUUUAUCAAAUGAAGAGGGGGAGACUGCAUAUAGUUUAGCUAUUAAAAAUAAUUCAAAGCUAUCACAAGCUGUUCUUGAAAAAUAUAUAGAAAAGUUAUUAAGUUUAGAAUAAAAAAAUGUUAACUAAAUAUAAAAGUUAAUUUUAUAUUUCUUAUAAUUGAUUAUUUAAAGCUGAAAAAACUGCAAAUACAAUUAUUGAAUAUUCCUGGUGAAUUUUGUUA